CGUUUUUUAAAUACAUUGCUGAAAUUAAGCAGAUCUUUUAGCAGAUCUUUGAUGCACACUAUUACAUGUAUAACACACUUGAUUACAUGUAUAAUCGCGAAUAAAGAGAAGAGAAAGCGAUAAUAAAAAUAAUGACUGACGUGGAAAAAUCCAGAGCAAUGGAGAUUCAAUUGAAAACUGAAAAACAACUGAGCGAAGAUAUAGUAGAUUUCGCAGAAGCUGCAGAAAAACUGGCGGAAGGUCUUUUAGGUAUUUAUCAAUACCCACUGGAACAAGUUAAGCAAGAACUUUUCGAGCUGACUAAUAAACAAGAGUCUCUACUUACACGAAUGCAGCUUGAGAAUAAAAGGAUACAUGAGACAUUUGAAGAUAUAGAUUUAAAUGAUAUGUUUUCAGCCGUUAAAAUUUAUCAAGGAAAAUUAUCAGUGAUAAGAAAAGAAAUGAUUAAUAUUCAUGAAAGAACAUCUAAACUAAAGAAACGCGUGUUGCGUCUUCAACAGAUUAAGAAAAAAGAAUCAAUGAAUAGGGAACAACAACGUGAACAAGAAUUACGCAAGGAACAAGAAUUAAUUGGAAAAUCUACAAUUAAUUAAAAGAGUAUAAAUCUAAAUAA